CCCUUGUUGCGAUUGCGGGGAUGGGGAGAGAGAGCAGUGUUGCAGGGUAUUGAUGAGACCCUGGUGGUAGCCUCAUCUAUGGUGGCGGAGGGGAAUCCCCGUUCCCUGAAGAACGAGGACAUUUCCGAUGCCCUGGUGUGGAAUGUCUCAUCCUGGGAACAGGUGCGGUGUAGGCGGAGGAAUUGGGAGUAGGGGAUGGAGUCUUUACAGGGGGCAGGGUGAGAAGACGUGUAGUCCAGAUAGCCAUGUGAGUCAGUUGGUUUGUAGUGUAUGUCGGUCAGAAGUCUGUCCCCUGCGAUGGAGAUGGUAAGGUCAAGGAAUGGUAGGGAAGUGUCGGAAAUGGUCCAGGUGUAUUGGAGUGCCGGAUGGAAGUUGGUGGUGAAGUGGAUGAAGUCAGUCAGUUGUGUGUGGGUGCAGGAGGUGGCCCCAAAGCAGUCGUCAAUGUAACGGAGGUAGAGGUCGGGGAUGGGGCCCUGGUACGUAUUAAACAAGGAUUGUUCAACAUACCCGACAAAGAGGCAGGCGUAGCUGGGGCCCAUGCGUGUGCCCAUAGCUACGACAAAGAACACAAAACUGAUUAGCCAGAUAAGCUGCUCCAAGUGAAAAUGGAAUAACUGCAGAUGCUGGAAAUCUAAAAUAAAAAAACAUUGGAAACAAUCAGCUGGUCAGGAGGCAUCAAGAGAGUGAACAUUUGAGUUAAUGUUAACAAAAGACCUUCAAACCUUAAACAUUAAAUUUGCUUCUCUUUCUACAGAUGUUACCUGACCUACUGGGUGUUUCCAACAUUUUCUGAUCCAGGUGUUACAUAUCGAGGAAGGAAUGUUGGAGGAAGCCUGUCUGUGUUGGAAACAUCAAAGAGGAAAGAGCACGCAAUCCAAGUGAAAGGAGUAAGGCGAAAGGUGGAUUGUGUUUCUCGAUCUGCUCUGGGAACAGUAUUUUUAAAGCCUUAAAAUAUUAAGAGCAAGUAUAUACAGAUAUUGAGAGUUUAUAACUAACUGAUGGAGACCCAAAUUUGCAAGACAUGCAUUGUUAUAUAUAGUGGAAUACUAUUUUGGACGAGCACAUUCACAUUACUAGCAGCUGAUCUGAAUAAAUGUGGCAACACUGAUCUUGUGUGCCAUACAAAUGCAGACUGCCAGAAUACAUUUGAUGGAAGCUAUCUCUGCAUAUGUAAAGCAGGUUAUCUUGGAAAUGGGACACAGUGCACUGACAUUGACGAGUGUGCAGCAAAUGUACACAAUUGCCACAGAAAGGCAACUUGUGUGAAUAAUGUAGGUUCAUACAGUUGCCUGUGCAAACCUGGCUACACAGGAAAUGGGAUUGACUGCAACGACAUGGACGAGUGCCUUACAAACAAUGGUGGUUGUCACAAUAGUGCCAUUUGUUUGAAUACAGCUGGCAGUCGAACUUGUCACUGUAACGUUGGGUUCUCCGGCAAUGGGUUAACUUGUAAUGAUGUGGAUGAGUGCACAAAGCCCGGCAUCUGUCACUGGAGUGCAACAUGCACCAACACUAAUGGCUCAUAUAUCUGUACUUGCAAUGCAGGAUAUAAAGGAAUUGGCUUAUACCUGUGCUUGGACAUAGAUGAAUGUGUGCAGACACCAGGUAUCUGUUCAUCAGCACAAGGAUGCAAGAAUCUACCGGGCUCCUACCUGUGUACCUGUUCUGCGGGUUUUGAAUUACGUGAUAACAGAUGUACUGACAUCGACGAGUGUGCUCGGCAGUUCUGUAGCCCAUUUUCUACCUGCAUCAAUCAACCAGGUUCUUACAGUUGUGAAUGUAAGACAGGAUUUACAGGAAAUGGAUUGGCAUGCGUGGACACCAAUGAAUGUGACGGCACAAACGAUUGCCACCCUCAAGCAACUUGCCAGAACUUUGUGGGCAGCUACGUUUGUGACUGUACAUUAGGCUUUACAGGAGAUGGGAUCACUUGUUCUGAUAUUGAUGAGUGUGUUGGGAUUGCAAAGUGUCCUGCCGCAUCUUCCUGCAUUAAUACGGCGGGCUCCUAUCAUUGUGAUUGUGCCAUUGGGUUUACCUUGAAUGGCAGUGAAUGUAUUGAUCUGGAUGAGUGCUCUACUGGUAUCUGUGACAUACAUGCCACUUGCAACAAUGUCCAAGGAUCCUUUACCUGCAGUUGCAACAGAGGUUAUAAUGGAAAUGGUACAGUGUGCAAGGAUAUUGAUGAAUGCCUCUUAAACAAUGGAGGGUGUCACUCAAAUAGCAUUUGUACAAACCAAGCUGGAACCUACACAUGCACAUGUAAAAGAGGUUUCUUUGGUAAUGGAAAUUUACUGUGUGAAGACAUUGAUGAAUGCAAGGUUAAUAAUGGCGGAUGUAUGAGCAAUGCAGCCUGUAGAAACACACUGGGAUCGUUCUUUUGUGCCUGUCCUAAUGGAUUCAAGCUUAUAAAUGCCACAAUUUGUGGAGACAUUGAUGAAUGCAAGAUAAUUGGUAUACCGUGUCAGUCAAAUGAACAGUGUGUCAAUACUUUAGGGUCUUAUCACUGUCAGUGCAAAUCUGGGUUUUCAAAGGCAAAUGGCAUCAGUUGUAAUGACAUUGAUGAAUGUCUCAACAAUCCAUGUCAUCAAAAUGCUCUAUGUUCAAAUGCCUUUGGCUCCUUUAUCUGUGAGUGCAUUUUGGGGUUUGAAGGAAACGGCUUUACUUGCAAAGACACAGAUGAAUGCAACUCCACGAAUAUCUGCCAUACAAAUGCCUUGUGCAUUAAUACUGCAGGAAGUUACAUCUGUCAAUGUCAAGAUGGCUUCAGAGAGAUGGAUCAGCAUUGUGAAGAUAUAAAUGAAUGCAGUCUGAACAAUACUUGUCUCUCAGGCACCAGUUGCCUGAAUUCAUUGGGAUCAUAUGUUUGCUCUUGUUCCAAUGGGACUUUGGUAGUCAAUAGCACUUGCAUGUCACCAAGCGAUAAUUGCUUUCCACAUUGCCAUGAUCGGGCUCUGUGUCAUCUUGCUGGCAGCAGAUAUCAAUGUGUGUGUGAUGUUGGCUUUCAGGGCGAUAAUUUAAACUGUGAUGAUGUAGAUGAAUGUGGAGAGGAAAAUAUUUGCCCAGGCAAUCAGACAUAUUGUGUAAAUAUGCCUGGUUCAUAUAUUUGUGACUGUAAAAUUGGCUUCCAGAAGUUCGGAUCUUCCUGCACAGAUAUUGAUGAAUGCUCCACAGCAGGACAGGAAUGUCACCAGCUUGCUCAUUGCAUCAACAAUGUAGGAAGUUAUCAAUGUGCAUGUUUGAGUGGUUUUAAUGGUGAUGGAAAAAACUGCUCUGACAUUGAUGAAUGCCAAAGUCACAAUGGAGGAUGCCACCCCUUUGCAAUGUGCAACAAUACACCUGGGUCUUUCUACUGCACCUGUCCUUAUGGGUUCACUGGCAAUGGAACUGAAUGCUUGGAUAUCGACGAAUGUGCCCUUGGCAAUAUGAUCACCUCCUGCAAUGAUUCUGCCACAUGCAAAAAUACAGAGGGAUCAUUCCAGUGUGAAUGCCACAUAGGUUUCCACGGAGAUGGAUUCAUUUGUGUGGACAUUGAUGAAUGUGAGAUACUUUCCACAUGUGACAGGAACGCAGAUUGCAACAAUACUAUCGGAUCCUACUUAUGUACUUGCAGAAAUGGAUUUGUAAAUGCUGAAGGAUCGUGCUUGGACGUGAAUGAAUGUCUUAAUCAGAAAGUUUGUCACCAGAGAGCAAACUGCAUCAAUGUACAAGGUUCAUUCUACUGCAGUUGUAAAUCUGGCUUUUCAGGAAAUGAAACAGACUGUGUGGAUAUUGAUGAUUGUGCUCUGAAUAUUUGUCAUGAAAAAGCAACCUGCAUUAACACCAUUGGAGCCUACCGUUGUGAAUGCCACAUAGGAUAUGAAGGAAAUGGAACUCUGUGCGUUGACGUAAAUGAGUGUGUUACAAAUGACACCAUGUGUCACAUAUACAGUACCUGUGUUAACACUGAAGCUUCUUAUACAUGUCUGUGCAAUGAAGGUUUUGUUGGAAAUGGGUCAUACUGCGAAGAUAUUAAUGAAUGCCUUCUGACUAAUAUAUCUUUCCAAUGUCAUUUAGACUCAUAUUGCAUUAAUACUUUGGGAUCCUUUGAAUGCCUCUGUGAAACUGGUUUUCAAAGCAAUGGAACUUAUUGUGUUGACAUUGAUGAAUGUAAAACAAAUUCAUCUGACUGCCACGAAAAUGCUACUUGCAUCAAUUUUUUGGGUUCGUUUGAUUGCCAGUGUUUGGCUGGAUUUAUUGGAAAUGGAACACAGUGCAUGGAUAUCAAUGAAUGCAAUGCAGAUAACACAUGCCACAGCAAAGCCUUUUGCCUGAAUAAACUGGGUUCCUAUCUGUGUCUCUGUGAUUCCGGUUUUACUGGAGAUGGACAAAACUGCGAUGAUAUUGAUGAGUGCUCAGACAGCACGACUUGUCGUAAAGACCAGAAAUGUAUUAAUACUGCUGGCUCUUUUCAAUGUGUUUGUCCCACUGGUUUUUCAGAAAAUGGAGCCCUGUGUAUUGAUAUUGAUGAAUGCUUGGCCAAUAGCUUUCUUUGUCACCCAGAUGCUCUCUGUAUCAACCAACCUGGUUCAUUCUUUUGUACAUGCAAAUUUGGAUUUGCUGCUGAUGGAUUGAACUGUACAGACUUGGAUGAAUGUUUUGGAAAUGGAAUUGAAUGCAUAGAUAUUGAUGAGUGUGCAUUGGAGUAUCCAAUUUGUGAUGAAAAUGCAAUUUGCAACAACACUAUUGGAGAUUACCAGUGUGAGUGCAGUGAUGGAUUUGAAGGAAAUGGGACUAUAUGCUAUGACACUAAUGAGUGCAUUCAAAACCAGACCAUAUGCCACAUAUAUAGCACUUGUGUUAAUAUGGAAUCUUCUUAUAUAUGCCAUUGCAAUGAAGGAUUUGUGGGAGAUGGAUUAUACUGUGAAGAUGUAGAUGAAUGCGCACAACCUGAUGUGUUAUUCUUAUGUCGAUUGGAUUCAUAUUGUGUGAACACACUGGGAUCAUUUGAAUGCCAUUGUGAGGAUGGUUUUGAAAGUAAUGGGUCUGAAUGUAUUGACAUUGAUGAAUGUAUGGCAAAUUCAUCGGGCUGCAAUGUGCACACUAACUGUAUCAAUUUUUCCGGUUGGUUUUAUUGUGAGUGCUUGGCUGGUUUUUUUGAAAAUGGAACAGAGUGCCUAGACAUUAAUGAAUGUGCAGAUAAUCAUACAUGUGGCACGAUGUCUUCUUGCCUGAAUACACCAGGCUCCUUUCAAUGUCUCUGUAAUUCUGGUUUUAAUGUAGAUGGGCAUAACUGCAGUGAUGAUGAUGAAUGCUUAAAUAACACUAUUUGUCGGGUUGAUCAGAUGUGCAUUAACACAGCGGGCUCUUUUCAGUGUGUUUGUGCCAGUGGAUUUUCAGAUAAUGGAUCAGUGUGUGUAGAUAUUGAUGAAUGCUUGAUAGAAAACUUCCCUUGCCACCCAGAUUCUAUUUGCUCCAACCAACCUGGAUUGUUUUCCUGCACCUGCAAAUCAGGUUUUGUUGGCGAUGGAUUCAACUGUAACGACGUCAAUGAGUGUCUGGAUUUGAAAGGGGCCUGUCACCAGAUUGCGCGCUGUAUGAACACCCCAGGCUCAUACUUGUGCUUCUGUGAGAAGGGAUUUCUAGGCAAUGGACAGAUGUGCUCGGAUAUCAAUGAAUGUCAGCUGGGCAAUCAAGAAUGCCAUUCAGAAGCUUCAUGUAUCAACACCAUGGGGAGUUUUUACUGUGUGUGCAACCAGGGAUUCAGUGGCACUGGUGAAACUUGCACUGCUAUUGAUGAAUGUUCGAUGUCUAGUUCUUGCCAAACAAAUAGCAAAUGCACAAAUAUGGAAAAGUUGUACAAAUGCAUUUGCUCAUCCAAUGGCACUUGUGAUCUACAACCAGCAAAUGGUGUGUUCUAACUUGAGUAUAUUGUCAAACUAACGUUGAGCAUUAUUUAUCAGAAGCAUUAUAAAAAACAUGUUGUAUAAGGUUUAUAUGCUAUAAAACUGAUUGUUAACUUGAAAGGCAAUAUUCAAGAUGAGUUUUCUCAGACCAAUGAAUGGGAUAUAAACAGUGCUUUUUUUGUAGAUAAUAAGGUGUUAGUACGCAUAUUGUUCUUUGCUGUUGGUGUCUAUGGCAGAUCAUGUUUCUAUAAACUGCUUUAGCUGUUUAAGGGCCAGACUGUCUCAUUUAAUUAAUACAUUUUAUUUUAUUAAAUUUAAUAAUCUUUUUGUAAUCUAAAAAUGUGAAAGCCUAGUUUUUCACUUUUCAGAGAUGCCGGUUCAUUGUACCAGCGGUAUUGUCACAAAAAAAGCACUAGUUAAAAUAUAUCAUGGACAUUACUGCAUGUUUAAGCAAAAAUGAAUUGAAAAUAGAUAAUUUUAAACUUUUGUGAGUCAAAAAAUACAGAUGUUAUGUCAUGAUGUUUAAUUUAUUUAUAGUUAUGAAACAUUGAAAAUAUCCGUUUUCUGAAUACACACAGUGCAUUGAGAAAGUAUUCAGACCCCUUCACUUUUUCCACAUUUUGUUACAUUACAGCCUUAUUCUAAAAUUGGUUACAGUCAUUUUUUUAAUCAUCAAUCUACGCACAAUACCCCAUAAUAUAAAAGCGAAAACAGGUGUUUAGUAAUUAUUGCAAAAUAAUUAAAAAUAAAUAACUGAAAUAUCACAUUUACGUAAAUAUUCAGACCCUUUGCUGUGACUCUCAAAAUUUAGCUUUGGUGCAUCGUGUUUCCAUUGAUUAUCCUUGAGAUGUUUCUACAACUUGAUAGGAGUCUACAAGUGGUAAAUUAAAUGGAUUGUACAUGAUUUGGAAAGGCGCACACCUGUCUAUAUAAGGUCCCACAGUUGACAGUGCAUGUCAGAGCAAAAAACAAGCCAUGAAGACGAAGGAAUUGUCUGUAGACCUCCGAGACAGGAUUGUGUUGAGACACAGAUCUGGGGAAGGGUAUAAAACAUUUUUUGGAGCAUUGCAGGUCCCGAAGCGCACAGUGGCCUCUGUCAUUCUUAAAUAGAACUUUGAAACCACCAGGAUUUCAUAGAGCCUUGCCAAACUGAGCAAUCGGGGGAGAAGGGCCUUAAGAUAGAGACUUACUAACAUAUUCAGGGAGGUGACCAAGAACACGAUGGUCACUCUGACAGAGCUCCAGAGUUCCUCUGUGGAGAUGGGAGAAACUUCCAGAAGGACAACUAUAUCUGCAGCACUCCACCAAUCAGCCCUUUAUUGUAGAGUGGCCAGACAGAAGCCACUCCUCAGUUAAAGGCACAUGACAGCCCGCUUGGAGUUUGCCAAAAGGCACCUAAACAAGAUUCCCUGGCCUGAUGAAACCAAGAUUGAACUCUUUGGCCUGAAUGCCAAGUGUCAUGUCUGGAGGAAAACAGGCACCGCUCAUCAACUGGCCAAUACCAUAUCUACGGUGAAGCAUGGUGGUGGCAGCAUCAUGCUGUAGGGAUGUUUUUCAGCGGUAGGAACUGGGAGACCAGUCAGGAUCGAGGUAAAUAUGAACGGAGCAAAGUAUAGAGAGAUCCUUGAUGAAAACCUGCUCCAGAGCAUUCAGGACCUCGGACUGGGGCAGACGUUCACCUUCCAACAGGACAACGACCUAAAGCUCACGUCCAAGACAAC